AUGGAAAAAUCAGAAGGAAUUGCUCUUCUUAAACUACUCCAGCCUUUCACUAUACUGAUUAUAAUACUAUCAUCAACGAAAGCAGCAUCUGAAGUAGCUCUAUCUCUUCCUGGAUGCCCUGUUAAAUGUGGGAAUAUCACGAUCCCGUAUCCUUUUGGGACCACAGAAGGAUGCUACAUGAGCAUAGAAUAUCAGGUAAAUUGUGAGACACUAAGUGUUUCCAACACCAAAUUCAAACUGUUAAGUAUAUCACUUGACGAUGGCUAUAUGCGUGGCAUGUUGCCGAUGGGCUAUCGUUGCUACAACAAAACUCAUGGAAUAACCAGCGUGUCAGAACCCAGAAUAAAGUUAUCAAGAUUCCAAGUCUCGAGUACACUGAACCUCUUAACUGCAGUUGGGUGCGACUCAAGAGUCAACAUCAAGACCAUAAAGGGCGAAGGUUACUAUACUGGAUGUCUAUCAAUGACUGGUUGCGAUAAGCUAACCAAUGGUUCGUGUUUAGGCUUGGGUUGCAGCCAAGUUCCACUUCCUUAUAACCUCACAAGAUUUCGUAUCCAUGCACAAAGCAAUACACGAAGGGAGAACGUAGGGAGCUGGAGUUUCAAUAACUGCACGUUCGGGUUUAUUGUUGAGAAAGGUAAUUACACGUUUCAUAAAACCGAUCUUGAUAGUUUGCAGAAUCGGUCUUUUCCGGUGGUUCUUGAAUGGUCGAUUGGGUACACAACUUGUGAAGAAGCUCAAAAGAACAUUUCGAGUUAUGGUUGCAAAGAGAAUAGCGUACGCGUUGAUACCUUGACUGAAUCCAAUCGAAGCUACAAUGGGUAUCGUUGUCAGUGUGCUCAAGGGUACCAGGGUAACCCAUAUCUCCCAAACGGUUGUCAAGAUAUCAAUGAGUGCGAAGGACCUCAAUUACAUGAUUGUAUAUAUGGCUGUGGUAACACAAAUGGGAACUACAGCUGUUCAUGCCCCUUAGGGCAACACGGGGAUGGUCGAAAGGGUGGUGAUGGUUGCUCUGAUAAUAAUUUACAAGCUGACGGAAAUUCAGUCUAUUGGGGCGUCAGCAUGGGCACUGCAGCUUCAUUGGUGUUUACAUUGAUAAUAUACUGGGGACUCAAACAAAGGAAGAUUAUGAAGAGCAGGGAGAUAUUCUUCAAGAAAAACGGGGGGUUGAUAUUACAGAAAGUGCUAUUCGAAUCUAAACAAUCCUCCCACAUGGCAAAGAUUUUUUCAGCAAAAGAUCUUGAAAAGGCAACCAAUAACUUCCACAAAACCAAUAUCGUAGGUCAAGGAGGCUAUGGAACAGUUUAUAAAGGUACACUAGCAGAUAAAACAAUGGUUGCCAUCAAGAAAGCCAAGUCAAUUGAUGAGAGCCAGAUCGAGCAGUUUAUAAAUGAGGUGAUUAUUCUUUCAGAAAUUAGUCAUCCAAAUGUCGUCAAACUCUUGGGUUGUUGCUUAGAGACACAAACUCCUCUCCUUGUUUAUGAGUUUGUAACCAACAAAACUAUCUUCCACCACCUUCAUGAACAAGACUACUUAUCUUCAAUGAGUUUUGAAAGACGCCUAAACAUCGCCACACAUACUGCUGAAGCCCUUGCUCAUAUACAUUCAACUACACAAAUCGUUCAUAGAGAUAUUAAAUCUUUAAACAUACUUUUGACUGACGACUACACUGCCAAAGUGUCUGAUUUUGGAAUCUCAAGGUUCAUUCCAGUUGAUGAGACUCACUUACAGACAUUGGUGCAUGGGACACUUGGAUACAUAGAUCCAGAGUACUUUCGAUCAGGAAUUUUGACAGAGAAGAGUGAUGUUUAUAGUUUUGGCAUGGUUCUUGUGGAGCUGCUUACAGGUAGAAAGGUAUUUUCACAUGAUAGAACUGAAAGUGACUUGGGUCUGGCAACAUAUUUCAUUUCUUCACUAGAAAGGGGUCACUUGCUUCAGAUUCUUGAUGAUAAAGUGAAGAAAGAUGGGCUCAAUGAGCAUAUUAGAUGUUUUGCUAGAUUAGCCAAAGAUUGUGUUGAACUAGAGGGAAGGAAAAGACCUAACAUGGUAGAAGUGAAAGAGGAGCUUGAAGAACUUAAACAAUCUUUUUUGAAGAGUUCUAUCAUGUCCAAGAAAAUCAUUUCCAUUGAACUUGACGACCUUCUCUUGUUUUGA